UUUAUUUAUUCAUUUUUUUUAUUGGUGACAUACACAAAAAGCAAACCAUACAGAUCGUGCAAAAAGACGACACCCACAACGCACUAAAGAGGAACCAACUGAAGCGGGAAAAAAGUGGAAUAAACUGUAGAAGCAGACCAAAAAGAUGCUCAAGUGGGCUGUCAACCAGCCACGUCCUUCCUACCUGGACAAGGCUUCUGAUGCUGCUUCCACUUCCCCCACUCCCUCCUGCUCCCCAUGCCGUUCCCCCACUGCGACGCCCUUGUUGAUGCAGCGUGUCAAAGCGAAACGUCACUGCCCGCUUGGCCUGGGCAAGGAGAACAUCGAGCUGACCUCGACCUCCACUCCAUUGCCAGCUGCUUCGACACGGACGCCACUGCUCAGAGAUCUGAGCAACAUCAUCAACAUGUCGCCACUGCAGACCACCACUACAAUCACAACCACAACGACUCCUCAGGUGCAACGCUGCCGCAGCCAGCUUCAGCUGAAGCCAACAACAGUCUACGCAUCCACGCUGCCCACCUUUGAGGCGGAGUAUUCGCCCAGCUACAGGACGAACCAGGAGAACCAGGAGAACCAGAGCAACAACAUCAUUCCAGGACCUCUGCUCGCUCUGCGUGGCAUCGGCAUCCCCGACAGCUACUUCGAGAAGCCACGCUAUCUCGAGCAAAAGUCCAUUCCCCAACCCUUGCCCUCCGUCUCAACAGAGGCGGGAGAUGCUCCGGGAUGCUCAGGGGAACCCACCUUGAGUUCUACACAAAUGGGCGACGUGACGCUCGAGCGGAUGAUCGAUGCCAUUCUCGAAAGCACGCGUAAGCCACCAACUGGAUUAGGAGCAGCAGCAGGUCGUCCUAGAUGUCGCCAGCGACUGCGACAUCGUCACCAGCAUCAACAACGUCUCCUCUCCACUGGUGUCGUCCACUCGCCCACCUAUCGACCCGCAUUCGAUCCAGCCAGCGAUCUCCGCGAGUACUGGCAAUCAUCACCUCCAGCUCCAGCUCGAUCGAGCAUCAAUCCCGAUGGCUACGAGGAGCGAGAGGUGUGCUCCCCACAGCCACAGCCACAGUCAGGAUUGGGAGUGAAGCAGGGACGCCGCUCGCUGCAGCUGCAGCUGAGGAGACAGCGCGUGGUGCGACGCAAGCGGAAGAUCACCACGAAGAUCUCGUCGAGCGUUAGGCAAUCGGCGCAGAAGCUGCUCGCGGCUGCCUCGCGCUCCGCCCAGAAGAAGCUACCACAUGCCGCAUCCACAUCCAGCACUUGCAGUUCCCGUUCCAAGCAGCGCCACAUCAGUCCCGACAGCGGUCACAACUCGACAAGUGAUUGUGAAUUUGAUCUGGAGGAGGAACUGACGCUAGGACGUGGACGUGGAUGUGGACUGGGCGAUGAGGAGCAGGAGGCAGCCUGCAAGCUGGAUGCGAUUUGGCUGCACUCGGAGGCGAGGGAUGCGACUAAGCGACGUCUAAGUUUCUCGCUCAACGACGACAGCUGAUUCCGCAUAAAUUAUACAGUACUUCAUAUCAGGGUUCAUGGAUCAACUAAUCCCACACGGAUCAUUUAGAUAUAAUAUAAUUUUUUUUUUACUUUUUUUUUAUAAAUUUAAGAGCAUUUUUUUUGAGAAAUAAAAAACUAAACAAUUAUAUUAUGGAAAUCGAAAUGGAAAUGUUUUCAAUGGGUUUCUUAAUGAGCAGAGUUUCAGAGUUCCUGACUCUUCCUGAGGCAUUCCCACAGUACAGCGAUUACCUGACUCAAGAAUCGUGCAAUGGAUCGUGGUGUUGCCUUCAUAAUUUUAUGACGACUUUGCUUAAACCACAAAAGACGCGAAGGAACCAGCAUUAAAUGCAAAACAACCUCUUGAAAGUCCAACGAUGCGUGGCGCAUGGUCUUCAAGUCUUCAAGUCUUCCACACCGAGCAAAGGAAAAUACACGGGCCACACUCCGCACUCCGCACUCCGCACCCCGCUGCAAGAACAAGUCUUUCCCACAGCGUCUGGGUCGUAAUGGGCGUUUUUAUGCCUUGAUAACUCCCAAGAAUGCCCAGAAAGAGACCAAGAGAGAGAGAGAGCGAAAGAGAGAGGGAGCGAUAUCAGCACCUAAUUGAGGGGCUUGCGGUUAAUAUUAUGUGGGCCAACCAAGUUUAUGGCCAACAGUUGAACGAGCUUAUGAAACGAAU